GUCCACCACCGCUUAGGUACCUAGUGCACAGUCACUACCUACCUACCUACCUAGACCCCUCUUCCAUCACAAACCAUUAAUUUUUUUGUCCCCUUCCCUCCCCUCCCACCCUAUCAACCGCAACUCUCUUCGCAACGAAGUCGACUUUCCCGAUAUUCUCAACGGUAUUUUUCGCGAAAAGGUAAGCUUUUCCCUCGACUGUUUGUUCUUGCAUGCGCAGCCCAUGCACACAUAUAUAUGCACAAUUCUUUAUUUUCCCUACCUCUUUCCCUGUCCAUCUCAGAGUCUUUGUCCCUCUUCCCCAGUCAUCCCACCCCCUCAUUGUCUGCUCCCUGCUCGCCAUGCGGCACCGCAAGCUUCCCAUCAUCCUGCCGUCGUAUCAAGUGUAUGCGAUACACCGAGGAUCGCCCUGCCCAGCUCGUCCAGCAGGACAAUCGCUUUCGUUCGCUGCCGCCACUGUGCCACCACACAGUACGCAUCGCAUCGCACCGCGACAACACAGACCAGCGCACCCCAAGAACACCUCACUCAGCCUCUCGUCCGCCUCAAGUCCAGUGGCCACGUCGACCACCGGGUUAUCAACACACGCGGCACUUGAGAUGGCUUUCGCAUUGCGUACUUGCCUGUGUUGCGCCAUGCUGCUGUCGCUAGUGAUGCGCCAACCCCGCCUUACUGGUCUGGUUACAAACCCACACACGAACUUUGGGUUUCGCGCAUCACUGUCGUUUGCCCUAGUAACAGCAUAACGCGCCUUCUCAACCCUUUCCGUGACUUGCGAAAUCCUCCGCUACUCGAUAUAUCGCCUGCAACAUAACCUGACCGAACCCGAAGACCGAAUCAGCCCUCCGUCGGCACUGAGCUACAGUUGCGCCGUC